UCUUGGAACCGAUCUUCGGUGUCGAUACUCAGUCAAGAGCCCCUGAAGCCUCAGAAGACUGGCAAAGCCGCGAACACUGUGCCGUCUAUCGAUCGUUGUGGAUUAAAGUCAAGUGUGAACGUCGGCCACGGCACACUGAGAAGAGUUCAACCAAGCGUCGGACUACUAACCAUUAUGGCUCUAAUCGCCAUAUGUGGAUUGCUGCUUUUAGGGCACCUCCCAUCGGCCUUGUCGCUCCAGAGCGGAUUGCAGUCUAUUGCUGGUUUUCCAUCCCAGGCGCCUAGCUCGACUGAUUUGCAAGAAUUUUUCCAGCUCUAUCAGCCAAUAUCGCUUCAUUCUACUGGAGAUGGCACCUGCAAUGUCGAGAUGCUGCUCAUGGAUCAUGUUUUUGGAGUUAGUUAUGGAGCUCCAUUUGUUGGCGACUAUAACCCCCCAAACUGCGAGUUCGAUACUGUGCGAAUCAAUCUCACUGUCACCUCUCGGGGAAAGCAGUAUGACCGCCUAGCACUCAUGUACCUUGGGGACAAUGAAGUGUUCCGGACUUCAACGGCAGAGCCGACAGUCAAUGGGAUUGUCUGGACCUAUAUCAAAGAGAUGUCGCACUACAAUUCGCUAUGGAAGAAUCCCCAGAAGCUAAUAUUUGACUUGGGGAAUAUCAUUAACGAUGUUUACACCGGCUCGUUCAAUGCCACGCUCACGGCGCACUUCUCUAUCGGACAAAAUGUCAAGACCGCGGAUAUGAUUCUUCCAAUCUCUGCCAAAAAGUCAGCAUCAAACUCUUCCAGCGCUUUCCAACUUCCCACGGACAACACAACGGUCAUGUACGAGAUCCCUGCUGCGGCAUCGCGUGCUGUUGUCUCAAUAUCCGCAUGUGGACAAUCAGAAGAAGAGUUCUGGUGGUCCAAUGUCUUCUCCGAGGACACCCAAGAUUUCGAAAGCACUGUCGGUGGGUUAUAUGGAUACACUCCCUUUCGUGAAGUCCAACUCUAUAUCGAUGGAAUCCUUGCCGGGCUUGUCUGGCCAUUUCCUAUUAUCUUCACCGGAGGCGUAGCUCCGGGAUUCUGGCGUCCUGUCGUUGGAACUGAUGCGUUUGAUCUUCGACAGCCAGAGAUUGAUAUUUCCCCAUUUCUCCCCAUGAUCCAAGACGGGAAACAACAUUCAUUUGAGAUUCGGGUGACUGGUCUUGAUGUCUCCGCGGAUGGAGGUGCCAAAUUUUCCAACACUGUGGGCUCGUAUUGGGUUGUGACAGGAAAUAUUUUCAUAUACAUCGAUAAUGACAGCUCAGCCUCUAAAGCCACCAUCACUCGUGACAACAAGGCACCCACAGUGGAUUCUCCCUUGCCAGUGUUUUCUGUGACUCGGAACCUUGUUCACAAUGAAACCGGGGGGAAUGAUUCCUUGUCGUACUCUGUGGUUGUCGAGCGAGUCUACAGUGCAACAUCUUCUCUGUAUUCGUGGUCUCAGAAACUAUCCUUCGCCAAUCACGGUCUCCUCAAUCAGCAAGGAUACAGUCAAGUCAACAGACAACUCACAAGUGGUAAUAACACUAUCACCGAGCUCGGGGAUAUACCUGUUUCCAACAGCGUUGCAUAUCAAUAUCCCUUGGUUGUCAAUGCAACUUACGGUAUCACCUCAAAUGGGAUGACUAUUCACUCUUGGAUGAAGAGAGGUCUCGAUUUUGAGGCAACAGGAGGACUCGGCAUUUCCACUUACACCUUGACCUCGGGCCCAUCAUACCUACACACAAGUCAGUCUGGAAUGGCGAAGUAUAAAUCCAUCACUGGUGGAAAGUCAAGUUCCUGGGGCGAUACCGUCAAUAUGUUCGCCAGUCAGAUGAAUGGGCAAUCAUACCACCGAUAUGUUCACGCAGUCAAUGGUACCGUUGUACAUGACACUGACCCCAAAUACAAGGCCUCGUCUUCCUCUUCACAAGAUCACGAGGAUACCGGUAGAGGCAGCGUGAAAGCUAUAAUUGGAAAGGGACCUGGGACUCUUGUAAAUUAG